AUGUCAAAGACACAGGAAGAGCGCGUCGAGCACGCGUUAUCGCAGCUUCUCGAACGCAUACUACCGACUUAUCCGGACGAGGAUGAAGUGGCAGCAGACGAGCGCGCAGGCGAGCCGGCCAUAGUGCCAGAUGUCAAUCAUGUUUCCGAUUUGAUCAAGCGGGACUUAAUACGGGACAAUAGUUUCCCAGACAAAGCAUUAAAGUUCUCCAAUCUCUUCUCCAAGCUCCUCGCGCAACCGGUUCUGAAUCAAAAAUGGGCCAUGCUCCACUUCCUACACCUGCUUUCCGACUCAGAACCUCCUACAACAACACAGAGCGACGGCGCACGUGUACCAGACCAUAGACAAUUUCUGGUGGACAGCCCUGCAUUCAACGAAGCCUUCUCCAGUGCUGGUCUGCGCAGGCUACCGAAGCCCGAGACCUCCAAACCGGCUCGAUCGGUGCAGACACUCAGGCUAGAGAGACGGCCGGAGCGAAGGAAGGCCGAAGAGACCGAUGAACAGCAUAAAUCCCCUGCGCAGGCCCAAGACAAGGCAGAACGGAUGGGGCAGGAGCCGUCAGAGCCAGCGCUGCUCCGUGAUCUCCCUUUUACACUCCAAGGCCUCUCCUCCACCAACCUCGUCUUCUCAGCUCCGAACAAACUCAAACUGCCAGCGACGUUGCCAGUGCCGUUGAUCAGCCUCCUGCACACCCUGGCAGAGCCCUCCCUGUUGUAUCGCAGCCUCUCUGAGUUUGUGGACUCGUCCGAAGGUGGCCUUGUGGGUCAAAGCUUCAGAUCUGCACUUGGUGCGGAACUGCGGUCAUACCUUGGUCUGGUGGCUACCCUUGAAGGGCAGAUCCGCAGGGCGCUGGCGCAGCUGGACGAGUCGCUGCCUCGGCAGGGUAUUGGCAAGGCAGGCGUGACCCUGCGACGAUGUGUGGUGUGGACGCGGGAAGCGACGAUGGGCUUACGCUUGAUGAGCUUGAUGGUCGAGGAAUCGAGAGGCAAGAAGGGUGGGGAGCUAAUUUCUUUGAUUCAUUCCUUUUCCCUCUCCCAUGGAGAUCCAUUCGUCGGCGCAUUUGCCGAAAGAUUGCUUUCUCACGUGACACGACCAUUUUACGACAUGUUACGACAAUGGGUCUACGACGGUGAAUUAUCCGAUCCAUACCUUGAGUUCUUCGUUUGCGAGCAAAAACAACUACCGGAAAAAGACGAAGACGGUAACGAGAAAGGCGGCGCUACAAGCGUCUGGGAAGACAAAUACAAGCUCAACCCGCCCAUGGUCCCAACCAUCGUAACCGAAGACUUCGCCAACAAAGUCUUUUUAAUCGGCAAAACGCUCAACUUCAUCCGCCACGGCUGCGGCGACGCCGCUUGGGUGGAGAGCUACUCCAAAUCCGCCUCGCGCGAGCUCCGCUACGGCGACACGGCCUCGCUCGAGCGGUCCAUCGGGCUCGCCUACAAAACCACCAUGGCCCGCCUGAUCGAGCUCAUGGAAACGCGCUUCCGGCUCUUCGAGCAUCUGCGCGCCAUGAAAUCCUACAUCCUUCUCGGCGCCGGCGACUUCAUCGCCGUGCUGAUGGAAUCCCUGUCCUCAGCCCUCGACCGGCCAGCCAUAACGCAGUACCGCCACACGCUGACUGCGCAGCUCGAGCACGCGGUCCGCAACUCAAACGCCCAGUACGACCUCCCAGACGUGCUGCGCCGCCUUGACGCACGCAUGCUCGAGCUCACGCACGGCGACAUCGGCUGGGAUGUCUUCACGCUGGAAUACAGGAUCGACGCCCCCGUCGACGUGAUUGUUACACCGUUUGCCGGGAAGCAGUACCUCAAGGUGUUCAACUUCCUCUGGCGCGUCAAGCGCAUCGAGUUCGCGCUCGGCAGCACCUGGCGGCGGUGCAUGACAGGUGCGCGCGGCGUGCUGGGCGCCGUGUCGGAAAAGGUCGGCGCGGACUGGAAGAAGGCGCGCGCGGUUGUCGCGGAGAUGAUUCACUUCGUCAACCAGCUGCAAUACUAUAUCCUGUUCGAGGUCGUCGAGGCCAGCUGGACGGAGCUACAGCAAAAGAUGCGGAGGGAGGGGUGCACGCUUGAUGAUCUGAUACAGGCGCAUAGCAAGUACCUCGAGGACAUUACCAGGAAAGGGUUGCUGGGCAGCACGGUGGUAGAUUUUCCGGCACAGCUGCACGAGCUGCUCAAGCUUAUGCUGCACUACAGGGAUGCGGUCGAUGGGCUGUAUUCGUUCUCGGUGGCCGAGUUCUCACGCCGCCAGGAUAAGGCUGCGGCGAUUGAGGCGAGGACCAAGGCGGGCAAGUGGGGCGUCUCGGAGCGCCAGCUGGAUACGGGCAGUCCGUUUGCGGCCGCGCCGGCAUCCAAGCUUGUGGGCGGGAGCGCUAAUGACGAUGAUAUACUGGCUGGUCUGCGCGUCCGGCUGGGGAGCCUGAGUGAGGACUUCAGGAGGAGGGUCAAUGUGCUUCUCGGCGAUUUGUAUUAUCAGCCGGACCCAGAUCUGCGAUGGCUGGCUAUGGUUAUGAACUUCAAUGAUGUUUAUGAGCCGGUUAGGCGGAGGAGGGGUGGGAGCAGGAAAGACAAGGAGAAGGAGAAGGAGAAGGAGAAGGAGAGAGGCAAGGAAGCGGAGGUGAAGGACGGCGGAGAAGGUGGGAGGGAGGCGGGGGAGAAGGCAAAGACGUGA